GCCUUUAAUAAGGGAGUAUUAUUGCAACCUUACUAUGAUAAGAAGAAGCAGCUAGCCUUUGCUGAUUUGGUUAGCAGCUGUUGGCGAUUUUUUAAUAAAUUCCAGAAAAACAAGUUAUUUGAAUGAAAAGUGGAUUAUAUUGAAAUAAAUCAACAAUUUAUAGUAAAAAUUUCAAUUUGGCAUUAGUAACUAACGGUAGUGUCAUGAACUUCCUGCGACAAACAUUCAACGUUACGAAACAGUUGUCACAAAAAGUGCUCAACAUCAACCUGCUGCAGUCUAUCCAAAGUGGGAGCCUUUCCGAACCGGUCUGCCGCAUGGCCUCGCUGAACCAAAUGCAUCGCACUGGCCCACACUAUAAAACGCGACCACCGCGGCAACCGCUAGAUGGAAAACCUUUCGCCAAGGGCGUUGUGCUGAAGACACUCAUCAAGAAGCCGAAGAAGCCCAAUUCGGCGAAUCGUAAAUGUGUGCUAGUGCGCUUAUCAACAGGCAAGGAAAUGGUCGCUUAUAUACCUGGAGAAGGGCAUAACUUACAAGAGCAUAACAUUGUGCUAUGUCGUGUAGGACGUUGUCAGGAUGUACCUGGUGUAAAAUUAAAAUGUGUGCGCGGCGUUUAUGAUUUGCCGCAUGUUAUCAAGAAGUAGCGUAAAGAGAUUGAAGCUAUUUCGUUGAAAUUAUUGAGUGUAUAUAAAUAAAGAAACCAAAUAAAAAAUAUCCUUUAACAAAGUAAA